CUAGCAAUGACCAUCCCACAUGUUCCCGUUAUCGGUCUCGCCGACUGCAAGGUGCCAGAGCGCAAGGCAGACAUCGUGCUUGAGAUUGGUGCAGCUUGCGCGUCGUCAGGAUUCUUCCAGAUAGUCGACCAUCCUGUUCCUCAAGAAUUGAUUGAACGAGCGUUCGAAACCUCAGUUGGCUUCUUUGCGCUUCCAGUCGAAGAAAAACUCGCGUUUGCUCGCGAUCCAUGGACCAACCGCGGAUAUGAGAUUCUCGAGCGCCAGAGCCUCCAGGGCGCGGUGGUCGGUCAUGAUGAACUUGGUAUCUCUCUUGAAACCAGGCCCUCGAAUGAAAAUCUUGAGAUGGACCUCAAAGAAGGCUUCCUGAUUGGAGACGACAAGAUGAGUGGGGAUCAUCCGUUCUUCAACCGGUUUGCUCAGGGUGUAAACUGCUGGCCGGACGUCGCUGGGAUGAGAGACGUGAUGAAUGAGUACUACGAGGCAUGCCUCAAGCUCUCGACGGAUCUUAUGGAGCUUGUUGCUUUGUCGCUUGAUCUUCCGGAGAAAUACUUUGCACCUUUUUGCAAAGACCCUACAGCUGCUAUCCGUCUUCUUCAUUAUCCUCCCCAACGUUGUAAUACGAAGGAACCACAGAUUGGGGCUGGGGCCCAUACCGAUUUUGGGGCCUUAACUUUACUUGCGACUUCUGGGACUCCUGGACUGGAACUAUGGUCUAACGGCAAAUGGUUCCCUAUCGAGCCGGCACAUGGUGCCUAUGUUGUUAACGUUGGCGACCUACUUCAAAUGUACACUGACGGGAAGUAUCUUUCUUCUCUACACCGGGUGAUUAAUCGUUCUGGAAAUGACCGUUAUUCGAUUCCCUUCUUCCUUGAUGGAAACCUCGACGUAAUCGUCAGAUCUAUCUACGACGCUUCGAAGUCUGUGAAUGCAGUUUCGGUGGAAUCUCAUCUAAGGAAUCGGUUUGAUGGAACGUAUCAACAGCCAAUGCCUAUAGAGAUUUAGAAGCCUAUCCGACCUGCUUAGCUAUCAGAUUAAUGACAUAACCCUUCAUCGGCAAUUACGAUGCUCAAAGUUUCAAUUGCGACCUGUCUCUACUACAGAAGCGUUACUUGUACUUAUACCUUUACUUUUGAUGCAACUUCUAC